GUGCUGCCUUGCUGUUACCCACACAGCAUCUCAGUCCCCACCACGACCCCAUACUCGACGUCCUGCUGCAAAGUCGACCAAAUCCCAAGCCUCACAUUCCGCCAUCGCAAACCGACCGCUCCUCGUAAACAGGCCCAAACCGGCGGGUUGCCAACUUCCAACCCACUCUCGAUACCGCAUAACCGCCACGUUUGCUCAACAUGGCAGGCUCCAGGAAUUAUGACUUUCUCAUCAAACUGCUCCUCAUAGGCGACUCGGGCGUAGGCAAGUCGUGCUGCCUGCUGCGCUUCAGCGAAGACUCGUUUACGCCCUCGUUCAUCACCACCAUUGGCAUCGACUUCAAGAUCCGCACUAUUGAGCUCGACGGCAAGCGCGUGAAGCUGCAGAUAUGGGAUACCGCGGGUCAAGAGCGCUUCCGGACUAUUACCACGGCGUAUUACCGGGGCGCCAUGGGUAUCCUGCUCGUGUACGAUGUCACGGAUGAGAGGAGCUUCACCAACAUACGCACAUGGUUCUCAAACGUCGAACAACACGCCACCGAAGGCGUCAACAAGAUCCUCAUCGGCAACAAGUGCGACUGGGAGGAGAAGCGCGCCGUCUCGACCGAACAGGGCCAGGCCCUCGCUGACGAACUCGGUAUCCCCUUUCUCGAAGUCUCGGCUAAGAGCAACAUCAACGUUGACAAGGCGUUCUACAGCUUGGCCAGCGAUAUCAAGAAGAGGCUUAUUGAUACCGCGAGGACGGACCAGACAGCUGCUCCUAAAGUCGACGUCGGUGGGCCUGACAGCGGGAACGCGGGUAUGGGCGGGAAAUGCUGUUAGAAAGGUGGAUGGACGGACGAGUGAGUCAUGGGGAAAGAGAGGGUGGGAGGAGGGUGGUUGCUAGCUAGCUUAAUGGGGGAAAGAAGCGGUGUCUGGUCACGUGUACGAAGGUGGCAGAUAUGAUGUUGCUUGUUCUGGCCAUGCGAGGGGUUGAAAGGUGGGUGGAUGGUUUAGUUGGCUAAUAUCCUGGCCACUAUCUGUGUGAGAGACAGACAGAAAGAGAUUUUCAUGACCAUGAUACAUACGAUGGAUAAGUUUCGCCACUCCGAGCGAGAGUCUCGUUGGGUUAUCAUGACUACUACUACUACUACUACUACUAGUACUACUACUUUUUCCUGCGAGUUUCUUCUUAGGCGUUUCUUUUUGGUUGUUAAAGAGAAUGGAGGGAGUUUUUCUUUCUUUCUUAGUUCAUUAUUAUAGUACAUUACACGUUUUUUUAGUAAUGACAAUACAACGUCAAUA